GGCUAUGUGUGUGGAAAGGGAAAAUGCCAAUAAGAAAGUAUUACUGCGAAUACUGCGAAAAGCAAUUUCAAGACACUCCAUCGGAUCGAAAACGUCAUUCUGCAGGCAUUCAACACCAGCAAGCCAAAGCUCGUUGGUAUGAUUCAUUCAAACCCCAACAACACAACCCUAAUAUUCCACCUAAUCAACCCUUCUGCUCCCACUUCAUCAACACGGGUUUUUGUCGUUACGGCGAUUCUUGCAAAUAUUUUCAUCCCAAUACCAACAACAAUAUGCAGCAACAUCAACCAAUAAUUAACAACACACCAGGGGAUGUAGUUGUAGAAAGCAUGGGGUUGUCUUUGGGCAAUUUACCUCCGUCGCUGCAGCCACCGCCUGAGGGUGGAUACCCUCACAUUCCCUUUGUCGACUGGGGAUAGAAUUGUAAUUGUAUCCAUCCAUACUGCCUAAGAUAUUCUAGAGCGACAAACUAAAUUAAUUAAUGUUGCUAAUUUUUUAUUUUUAUUAUUAAAAGAAUUAGAUCGACUUUUGUCCCGUUCGAUUACAAGGAUCUUCGGUUUAGGGUUUUUCUUUUUCAUCAAUUUUCCGUUGGAUUCAUCGAUCUUUGAUUACAAAAUGGUUAUUAAUUUAUUGCUUUUAA